ACUUCAGUUUACACUGUUUGCCUCCUAACUUCAGUUUAGCGUCCACUUCUCGCGUCAACCAAGCUCUAUUGCAUAGCGUAGCUCUACUGUGUGUUCCCCAUUUCCACGAUACAGUUUUUGCUCUAGUCGCCAUGGCUCCGAAAGUCGAGGGAGAGCAGAAGGCAGCCAAGAAGGGCCCAAAGAAGGAGCCCACGGCGAAAAAGUCGCCUGGAGCAGGAAAGAAGCUCGCAGGAGAGAAGACGGAGAGGAAAAAGGCUCGGAAGGCCGUUACGGAAACGUACAAGAUCUAUAUCUACAAGGUUUUGAAACAGGUUCAUCCAGACACUGGCAUUUCGUCCAAGGCUAUGUCGAUUAUGAACUCCUUCAUUAACGACAUUUUCGAGAAACUGGCGACGGAAGCCUCGAAAUUAGCUCGGUACAACAAGAAACCCACGAUCACGUCUCGCGAGAUUCAAACAGCAGUGCGGCUUACCCUCCCUGGCGAAUUGGCGAAGCACGCAGUGUCCGAGGGUACCAAGGCCGUGACCAAGUUCACCAGCGCGUGAGCUGUUGAUAUUCUACCAUAUGGUUGUUGCGACUACAGCCGAUUAACAUUUACCUUAGGUUCUUGUGGCCUCUGUAUAGUUUUCACCAUAUGUUAGUGUUUCCAGUCUAUUACCAAUCAGUUUUGAGCUUGCUGA